AUGCACCCACAAGGGAUAUUUUACUCUCACGCUGUCUACACUCUCAACCCUCCGUGGCACGGUUCCACCACACCACAGCGCGCUCCGACCAUGGCGCUGCACAUCCCGUCGCACGCCCUCACAGCGCGCCUCUCGCGAUUCACGGAGGCGCGUUUGUUCGGUCUAGUACCAGUGACCGCCACAUCCCCUGCGCGCAAUUCUGCGCGUUCUCUGUCUCUCGACUCUCCGCAUUGCGCGCAGCCCGCCUGUCCGCCAGUCGCGCGUCCUCGUGCGCAAGCGGGCACGGCGCAGGCGGAUGCUGGGCGCGCGGAUUCGGCGACAGGCGCAGCGCCAGGCGCAGGGGCAGGCGCAGCGACAGGCGCAGUGGGCGCUGCAACAAGCGACGGUGACAGAGGCGCGAGAGAAGCGGCGUCGGCGCGGGGCGGACAGGCCGCGGCGCGGGGAGGAAGGGCGGCCCCGGAGUCGCGCGUGGAUUCGAGCAGUGGCAGCUUCCACUCGCUGGGACUGCCCCCGAAUCUGGCGGAGCGCUUGGCGUCGCUGGGGCUGCUCGAGCCCACCGACAUCCAACGACGCGCCGUGCCCGCCCUCAUGCAAGGCACGGAUGCGGUGCUGCAGUCAUUCACGGGGUCGGGCAAGACGCUCGCAUAUCUGCUGCCCAUCCUCGCCUCUGUGGGCCCGCUCAGCCACCCCGCUGCGCAUUCAGACACCACUGAGCUGGCUGGGGGCGGCGGAGGGGAGGGAGAGGGGGCAGGCAAGGGCAAGAGGGGCAAGAAGGGCCGUGCAGGGGGAGGCGGAGGGGGAGGGGGAGGGGGAGGGGGAGGGGGAGUGGAGGCGGUGGUGGUGGCGCCGUCUCGGGAGCUGGCGAUGCAGAUCGUGAGAGAGGUGGAACGUGUGCUGGGGGAGGAGCAUAAGCGCUGUGUGCAGCAGCUGAUCGGCGGCGCGAACCCCCACCGGCAGGAGGAGGCAUUGAAGAAAUACAGGCCGUCCAUCGUGGUGGGCACGCCGGGGCGCAUCGCAGAGAGCAGCCGUGCGGGGCGGCUGUCAACUCACUCGUGCCGCUGGCUCGUGCUGGAUGAGGCUGACAUGCUCCUGUCGCACCGCUUCCGGCUGGACAUGCUUCGUAUUCUUGACCAUGUGGGAAGGCGAAAAUCCCUUCACCAGCCUGCACCUACCACCACGAGUACAAGCGCAUCAGCAGGCAGAGCGGAGAGGCAGCUGGUGAUGGUGUCAGCCACGGUGCCACGGCCUGUGCUGGAGGCCGCCUGCAAGUGGGGCACGCACCCACUGCUCGUCCAGCAGCACGCCAUGCAGCCCAUCGACGCCCGCUCUGCUGCUGCUGCUGCUGCCAGCCCAGCCAGUGACUUGCUUCCUGUUCCUGCUGCUGCAGCAUCAGUCGUGCACGGGGCGCUUGUGAUUCCGCCGCCAGCGCAGGCAGGAGGGCUGGCUGGAGGGGUGCUGGCGUCACUGGGGCGAGGCAGUGAGGAGACGCCACUGGUGGCGCUGAGGGACAGCCUGCCACCCAACCUCGAGCACUGCUACAUAGUGGUGAACAGGCGUCAUCACGUGGACAUCGUGCGGCGCUGCGUGCACGCGUUGGAGGCGCGGUCAGCCAUGGUGUUUAUGAACUUUGGGCGCCGCCUGGUGGACGUGCAGCACAAGCUGGAGGCCAGAGGGCUGUCCGCGGCUGCGCUGCAUGGGACCAUCUCCAAGCUCGCCCGCACCAACAUCAUGUCCUCCUUCAGGGACGGUCGGGUGCGGGUGCUGCUGGCUACGGAGGUGGGUGCGCGCGGGCUGGACGUGGUUGACUGUGACCUCGUCGUCAACCUCGAGCUGCCUGCCUCGCCCGCCCACUACGCGCACCGUGCCGGCCGCACCGGGCGGCUGGGGCGGCGCGGCGUGGUGGUGUCGGUGUGUGAGGAGCGCGAGGAGUUUGUGGUGCAGCGUGUGGCGCGUGAGCUGGGCGUGAAGAUGGAGCGUGUUGAGGUGGUGGAGGGCAGCCUCGUGCCGUAUGAGGGGCGCAUGAAGUACUGA